AUGCUGGGGAUUCUGGGGCUUUGGGCACUUCUUCCCACAGCUGUGCAAGCACCCCCAAGCAGGCGGACCUGUGUGUUCUUUGAGGCCCCUGGAGUGCGGGGUAGCGCAAAGAAUCUGGGGAAGCUGCUAGAUGCAGGACCAGGGCCCCCCAGGGUUAUCCGCUGCCUCUACAGCCGCUGCUGCUUUGGGAUCUGGAACCUGACCCAAGACCAGGCACAGGUGGAGAUGCAAGGAUGCCGAGACAGUGAUGAGCCAGGCUGUGAGUCCCCCCACUGUGACCCGAGCCCCCGAGCCCAUCCUACCCUCAGCUCUACUCUCUUCACCUGCUCCUGUGGCACUGAUUUCUGCAAUGCCAAUUACAGCCAUCUGCCUCCUCUGGGGAGCCCUGGGACACCUGGUUCCCAGGGUCCCCAGGCCAUCCCAGGCGAGUUCAUCUGGAUGGCGCUAGGGCUGCUGGGGCUGUUCCUGCUGCUGCUGCUGCUGCUGCUGGGCAGCGUCGUCUUGGCGCUGCUACAACGGAAGGCCUGCCGAGUGCAAGGUGGGCCAGAGCCAGAGCCAGAGCCAGAGCCAGACUCAGGCAGGGACUGGAGUGCCGAGCUGCCCGAGCUGCCGGAGCUCUGCUUCUCCCAGGUAAUCCGGGAAGGAGGUCAUGCAGUGGUGUGGGCUGGGCAGCUGCAAGGCAAGCUAGUCGCCAUCAAGGCCUUCCCCCUGAGGGCUGUGGCCCAGUUCCAGGCUGAGAGAGCACUGUACGAGCUUCCAGGCCUACAGCAUGACCACGUUGUCCGCUUUAUCACUGCCAGCAGGGGCGGCCCUGGUCCCCUGUCCUGUGGACCCCUGCUGGUACUGGAACUGCACCCCAAGGGCUCCCUGUGCCACUACUUGACCCAGUACACCAGUGACUGGGGAAGUUCCCUGCGGAUGGCACUGUCCCUGGCGCAGGGCCUGGCAUUUCUCCAUGAGGAACGUUGGCGGGAUGGCCAAUAUAAACCAGGUAUCGCCCACCGAGAUCUGAGCAGCCAGAAUGUGCUCAUUCGGGACGAUGGGUCAUGUGCCAUUGGAGACCUGGGCCUCGCCUUGGUGCUCCCUGGCCUCGCCCAGCCCCCAACCUGGGCUGCUACUCAACCCCGAGGCCCAGCUGCCAUCAUGGAGGCUGGCACGCAGAGGUACAUGGCACCAGAGCUCUUGGACAAGAGUCUGGACCUACAGGACUGGGGCACAGCCCUCCGGCGAGCCGAUGUUUAUUCUCUGGCUCUGCUCCUGUGGGAGAUCCUGAGCCGCUGCCUGGAUUUGCGAUCUGACAGCAGACCACCACCCUUCCAACUGGCCUAUGAGGCAGAACUGGGUAGUACCCCCACCACCUGUGAGCUGUGGACCUUGGCAGUGGAGGAGAGAAGGCGCCCUCACAUCCCAUCCACCUGGUGCUGCUUCGCCACAGACCCCGGUGGCCUGAGAGAGCUCCUGGAGGACUGCUGGGAUGCUGACCCAGAAGCACGGCUGACAGCUGAGUGUGUGCAGCAGCGCCUGGCUUCCCUAGCCUGGCCCCAGGAGGCCCACCCUUCCCCAGAGGGCUGUCCACAUGGCUGCCCGCCUCUCUGCCCAGAAGACUGUCCCUCCACUCCUCCCGCCUGCCAUUCUCCCUCGUCUGCCUUCCCCAGUUCCUGACUCUCAAGGGCGCAAAGUUACUCUCUGUCCUAGAGGAUGCCAACCAGUGUGGCAUGAGGGAUCUUAGUUCCUGGCCAAGGGAUGGAACCUACAUCCCCUGCACCGAGAACAUGGAGUCUUAAGCAGUCAAGGGAAGUCCCUUUUUUUUUUUUUUUUUUUUCUUUUUGGCCUGGGCCAUAGUUUUAUGCCUUCACCUACCUGCCAUAGG